UCAGUAAUAAAAGAAAUACCCACUCGCAUGUCCUGUACUCCUGUCCUAGUCUUCUUUACUUGUAUCCUUCAUUUCCAUUGUUCUCUUUACUUAGUUUUUCCCUCUCACAACAUUUAUAAAACAAAUUAAAGCUUCCAUUGAUUCUUCCCAAAAUCCCACCGCCACCUUCCCAUUUUUGAUUAGUUUGACAACUUUUUGAGCUUCUUUCAUCUUCUUUAAGACUGCCCAAAAAUCCAUAAAAGCCCAGAAUCUUUGACACUUUUUCUUCUUUGCUAAAUUCAAGGCUGACAGUUUGAAAAUAUUUACCUAAAAAGAAAAUCUUGACACCAUCAUUGUCAUCCUUGUACUUCCAUCAACUUUUUUCAACCCCUUAAAUUUUUCAUUAUUUUUCUUGCUCCUCCAAUCCAAUCUCUCCAUUCACUCCCCAAAUCUUCAAGAUCUCCCAAUUGGGUCUCCAUCAUUUGCUCCAAAGGAUUCACCCACUCCCCAUUUUCUCUGCACUCUGUUCGUUUUUCUAUGUCUUCGAAAAACCACCAGCACUGCCACAGCUUGGUCGUCGACAGGCAAUGCAAGAUCAGGAAGCGCGGCGGCGGCUCGUCUUCCUCUUCGUCUUCCUUGGUCCGUAGGUACAGACUGAAGAGGGCAAUCCUGGUCGGAAAGCGAGGCGGUUCCAGCACGCCAGUCCCCACUUGGAAGACUCUGAGCGCCGCGGCGGCGGUGGAGGGAUCACCUUGUACGGCGACGAUGGUGGCAAAUGGGGAUGAGGAUGAUGAGAAGAUGGCGAAGCUGCAGCAGCGGAGACCGGCUUCGGAACACGAUGGCCGCGGCGGCGGUAAAGGGAAGGAACUGGUGUCGGUUUCGGUGAGAAAGCUGGCGGCGACUUUGUGGGAAAUGAAUGAACAAGAACAAGUUCCUUUGAGAAAGAAGGAUUCCAAAGUUGCUCAAGUUCCUUCCUUAGCCGGUUCCUUGCCGCCAAAGUCAUCAGAUCCAUCCUCUACUCCUAUUUAUGAGAGAAAAAAUGAAAAUGGGGAUGGUGGACGCCAGAGAGGAUUGUCGGUCGUUUCUCAGAAACAUUGUUUGAAUGAUUACCAAAUGGGAGGCUUCGAGAGACCUACAAGUGCCAGUUUAACUGAGGUCAAAUAUCAAUCCUGUGGGAAACCUGAUCGAAAAUGCAUACACGGAUUUAAGACCGGUUUGAAGGAUGUCAGUAGUGGCCUUUCUACAUCUAAAGAGCUUGUGAAAGUUCUUACUCGCGUUUCGGGUCUUAAAGAGCAGCAUUCUUUAACUACAACCCUACUCUCAGCCUUACGAGUUGAGCUUGAUCGAGCACGUGUCCAGGUUCAUCAAAUGAUCCGAGAACAGAGGUCUAACUGCGACGAAAUUGAGUAUCUCAUGAAGAAGUUCGCAGAAGAAAAGACGGCCUGGAAAAGUAAGGAGCGAGAGAGGAUACGUGCUGCAAUAGCGUGCAUGGCAGAAGAACUUGAGGUGGAGAAGAAGCUAAGAAGACAAACAGAAAGGUUGAACAAGAAGCUAGGGAAAGAACUGGCAGAUAAAGAGGCAGCUCUGUCGAAGGCCACGAAAGAGCUCGAGAGGGAGAAGAGGGCAAAAGAGAUUUUUGAACAAGUUUGUGAUGAGUUAGCCACAGGUCUUGGGGAGGACAGAGCACAAGUCGAAGAGCUAAAGAAAGAAUCGGAGAAAGUCCGUGAAGAAGUGGAGAAGGAGAGGGAAAUGCUUCAGCUAGCCGAUGUGUUGCGCGAGGAGAGAGUCCAGAUGAAGCUUUCUGAAGCCAAAUAUCAUUUUGAGGAGAAAAAUGCCGCCGUGGAACAGCUAAAGAAUGAACUAGAGGCUCAUUUGAGAUCCAAAACGCGCGAAGGUAGUCACAGUUCUCCAGAUUUCAGUAAAAUUAAGGAACUCGAGGCUUAUUUAAAGAAGAUAAAUUUUGGAUCAUUUCAGAACUCGAAGAUAGAAGGGAAUGAAAUGGAAGUUGCUGCGUACAGAGUGGAAUGUGAAGACGAUUCAAAACGGACUUCAGUUGAUAGCGAUCUUCAUUCCAUCGAGCUAAGCAUGGACAACAACAACAAGAGCUACAAAUGGAGUUACAGUUGUGGAGAUGAUACUGAAGAUGAUUCAAAGCGGACUUCGGUUGAUAAACAAUUCAAAGGGAGAAGAUCGCUCUCUGAAAAAAUACAAUGGGAAAGCAUAUGCUUAAACAAAAAUUCCAGCGGUAUCGAUUGGGAGUUUGGCGUAAAAUCUCAAUGGCAGUCAGACGGGCGGCUUAUAGAAAUAUCAGAGCUUGUUCCUCUAACUCAAACCCCAGAACAUGAAACCGAAACAAAGAAAAAUGGUUCUGUUAAGGGUCUCGCAGACCAUAGGUUAUCGAAUUCAAAAGUGGUUCCGAUCCAUAGCCUAGCCAGUGCAACUUGUCAGUUCCAAUCCUUUCCGAUGAAGGAUCCAGGAAACGAAGUAUGCGGAAGUUAGACGGAUGGGCCACAAGGAUGGUUCGAAGCUCCAACUAGCAGGAAGAAAAGACCAAUGCCGGGAUCAAGAGAAUAUCGACGUUUUCAUGUUACUUCUUCCCUGCAACGCAUUACUUUGCUUGUGUUUUCAAAUCUUGCCACUAAAAUUGUUUGCAUCGAUCAUGUUCGAUAUUACAGAUAGAACAAAUGUAUAUACACUUUUACACAUUGCUUUGUAUGGAACCAAAUAUAAUUUGUUUUGAGUUCUGAGAAA